GGCGGAAUGACGGUCGACUGUCUGAACACAACUCAAGAUUAACAUCGUAAAGCGCCGCUGAUUCUGGCUCAGACAAGGGCUCGAUCAUGACUCAUGGCGAUGACUGCUGCACCCCGGCAGAAGAUGGAGACCAGAGCGACCAGCUGCAGCCUCUCAUUCUGGAAAGGGUGGAGAAGGAAAGGAGCAAAAACUGGCAAUCCCUCCUGUCACAUCGGCUCAAGAAACACUGUUCGUGCACCUCAAAGAAAGCUAAAUCCAAAAUACUGGGCUUCGUCCCGAUUCUCAAAUGGCUGCCUCGCUACCGGGUCAAGGAGUGGCUGCUGGGAGAUGUCAUGUCAGGACUGAUUGUUGGGAUCCUAUUGGUCCCCCAGUCCAUAGCCUACUCCUUAUUGGCCAGUCAGGACCCCAUAUAUGGCCUCUAUACAUCUUUCUUCUCUUCCCUAAUCUAUGCCCUCUUAGGCACUUCUAGACACAUCUCAGUGGGGAUCUUUGGGGUGCUCUGCCUGCUCGUGGGUCAGGUUGUAGAUCGAGAGUUAGCUUUGGCAGGAUACCUCACAGAAAGCAGCAGCAGCAUCAGCAGUAACAAUAGUGCCAUCCUACUGGCUGGACAGGGGAACGACAGUGUUGGGGUGGAAUGUGACAGAAGCUGCUAUGCAAUCACAGUGGGAGCUACCCUUACCUUUACUGCUGGAGUUUACCAGGUGCUAAUGGGCCUUUUCCAGGUGGGCUUCAUCUCCAUCUAUCUCUCAGACUCCCUUCUCAGUGGCUUCGCUACAGGAGCCUCCCUGACCAUCCUCACUUCACAGUUCAAAUACCUGCUGGGCCUGAAGAUCCCCAGGCCCCAGGGCUGGUUCACUCUGUUUAAGACCUGGUACAGCCUGCUAAGCAACCUGGGAAACACCAACAUUUGUGACCUGGUGACCAGUUUGGUGUCUUUGCUGAUACUGAUACCUACCAAGGAGCUCAACAAUCGCUUCAAAACCAAGCUAAAGGCUCCAAUUCCCUUUGAGCUCUUUGUGGUGAUAAUUGCAACACUGGCUUCUCACUUUGGCCACUUUAACACUGAGUAUGGGUCAGGCGUGGCUGGUGACAUCCCCACGGGCUUCCUCCCUCCCCAGCUGCCCAUGUGGUCACUGAUCCCCAACGUGGCCGUCGAUGCGUUCUCCAUUGCCAUCGUGGGAUUCGCCAUCACUGUCUCACUGUCAGAGAUGUUUGCCAAGAAGCACGGCUACACAGUGGACGCCAACCAGGAGAUGUACGCCAUUGGCUUCUGCAACAUCCUGCCGUCGUUCUUCCGCUGCUUCACCACCAGCGCUGCGCUGACUAAGACCCUCGUCAAGGAGUCCACAGGGUGCCAGACACAGAUAUCUGGGCUGGUCAGUGCUCUCAUCCUGCUGCUGGUCCUGCUCGUUAUCGCACCGCUCUUCUAUUCCCUUCAGAAAUGUGUAUUAGCCGUCAUCAUCGUGGUGAACCUCCGCGGAGCUUUACAAAAGUUCACUGACAUUCCCCGCAUGUGGCGUGUGAACCGUGUCGAUGCCACCAUCUGGAUUAUCACCAUGGCUACCUCAGCGCUGGUCAACACAGAGCUGGGUCUCUUUGUGGGGGUUUUGGUUUCAGCCCUCUGCGUCCUGGGCCGGACCCAGCGAGCCCAGGUCGUGGAGCUCGGCCGGGCUCCAAUAAGGGAGCAUUAUGAGGACCUGUCUUCUUACCACGGUCUUCAAACGCAUCCCGGACUGGCUGUUUUUAGAUAUGAGGCUCCCAUCUAUUACGCCAAUCAGAGCUUAUUCAAAAAAUCACUCUACAGGUGUGUAGGGCUUGAUCCUGUGAAGGAGAAAUCACGGCGUAUUAAGUUCAGAAAGAAGAACAAACAGCAGGGAGAGGCCGCAGGAGUCCCAAAUAUGAAGUCAGACGAGAUGGAGGCUGGAGGUAAAAAGGAUGAGGUUGAAGCCGCUGAGACUGUAAUCAGCACAAACUCUUCCCGUAGCUUACGCAGCUUGGUGAUCGACUGCAGCGCCAUCCUGUUUCUGGACACUGCUGGGGUGAAUGCUCUGAAAGAGGUCCGCAAAGAUUACGGAGAACUGGGGAUCAUGAUUGUCUUGGCCCAGUGUAGUGCCUCAGUUCUGGAUGAUCUGGAAAGAGGGGGAUACUACCCCGACUCAAAAGGAUGUGAUGGAGGAGAGAACGAGAUCAUAUUCUUCACCAUUGACGACGCCGUCCGCUACGUCCAAAGUCUCUCAGCUCCGAAUGGAGAUUAUGACAGCAAAUGCUAAAAAGAUAUCCAAAUAUCUACAUGUUUACAUCUCACAUUAUACAAAAGUCCAUUGUUGCCGAUGUGCCUUGUUAUACUACAGUGAUUCCUUGGAGUCCUUAAGUAAUUAUCCUGCAUCUAACAUUCAGAACUGCUGCUGAAUUCUUUAUUUAAUACUAUUUCAGCAUGUUAAAAUGCUAAAAGCAUUUUUCAGUCUUCCUUACAGAAAGGAAUUUAGUUACAGUAAAAGUGAAACUUCACAAUGGCUACCGUCGAGGGCUGCAACCAAUGAUGAGCGUAGUAAACUAAAAUCGAUGACCAAAGUAGUUGCUGAAGAGCGUAAUUUGGAAUUAGUUGGCGAUGUCAUCAGGCAGCUACCUUGAUGCUUACUGGAGUUCAGUGAACAACACGAUGACGGCAACACCUUUACAACCAAAAACCUCCGAAGCGUGGGAGCAUCUUACUCCUAACUUAAAAAGCAACACUGCAACAUUUGCAAAGCUGACCUCGCCUGACAUGGUACAUCAGCUAUGCUGGAGCAUCUGAAGAGGAGGCACGUUGGCUCGUCAUCUCUGGAUGAUGAAGACUCAUCUCGGGAAGUUAGUUAGCUAGUUAGCUAGCUUAAUAUCGAAAGCCUUAUUCAGCGUUUUCUAUUUUGAGAUACGUUUUCUCUUGAUCAGUGAAUUGUUCAUGGUGUUUGGUGCAGCAGAUCAACGACCAAAACACUUUCGUGGGAAGUGAAGUGCCCUAAUUUCACCUUUUCAAUCCUAAAUGUUGCAUCGUUCAUGGCGAAUGUUUACGGCUGGAGAAUGUGUCGCUGCUGAGUGCACAAGACACCCCAGGAUUUGAUUCUUUCUGAACUGCACAUGCCUAAAACAACGUCAAAACGUCUAAAUUCCAAAUCUUUUGGCUAAAUAGUCAAUUAUUUGUUUCAAUAAUCAGUAGAUUUGACAAUCUAAAUAUCAGUUAAGUUGUUAGUUGAAGCCAUAGCUACAUCUGCACUUCACUUUGAGUGACAUUUUGUUUUUUUUUUUGCACAGAGAAACUUAAAUAAGUUGAUGAACAGUAACCUAAAUUCUAAAAUCUAAAGUAGAGAUACAACAGCAGUACAGGCUCUAAAUCUGCUCUAAAACACAGUUUUUAAUACUCAGGUAUCAUUUUUGAUUCCACUGUUAAUGUCCCUAUAUUUGAGUCACUUGACGAGCGGCUGUAAACUUUUGUUCUGUUUCACAGCGAGGACCAUAAUUAAGUAAAAUUAAAUGUAAUAUCGUCCAUAAACCCCAAUCCUGAAGACUUAUGUGAACGGUAGGGUUCACGGUGUUGGGGCAGAUGAAGGUUGGGAUGUGUGCAAAAAGUGAAAAAGUUAGUCUCGGAGAAAUGCUGCUUUGAGGAGGACGUCAAUUCAUUGAAGGUCUUCCUCUUAAUUGAAAUGUCUAGUUUUUCUACAGCAGAACAUAUGGGUCAAAAUUCGAUGCUGUUCUUAAAAUAUUUAUUUUGUAAGACAUCACCAGACUGUGCCUGAACGGUCUGAAUGAAUUCUAAGUAAAAGUAGGCCAUAACAUAGUUUUGUGUCGCGCCAGUAAUAAUCGAGGCAAAUGUUUAUUUUCCACCAGUGAAGACAUGGUCGUGUUAACAAAGCCAUAAAACAGUAAAGGAACACUGACUGUUAAAAAAGAAAGUGAAUGCUUAGUAGAAUUUCCGUUUUUGCCAUGUCUCUUGCAGUGGCUUUACUGAUGCUUAUACUGUACGAAUUUAUAUACUGUGAAUGUUUUCAUAUCAGGUCCUUUGACAUAUGAAUGCCAGUCACCUUUUUAAUGUUACAACUGGAAGAUUUUAUUAAAAAAAAAAAGAGGCUCUCAUUUGGAAAGAAAUUUCCUCAGCUCUGGUUUUGAGGCUCUGUGGCUAUCUAAGGUUUGUCCUCAAUCUCUGUUUGCUGAGGGCGACGACGUUACUGACGUAGCUUUUAGUCUGUCAUAGCUGUGUAAAUACAGCAGCUUGUGAGCGGGGGCAAAGUUCAAGUUAAAGAAAAACCAUGUGUGCCAUGUGCGACUUGCAUGAAAACAGCUUCCUGGAGUUUGUUGAAUUUUCACGUUGAAUUGUGCCAAUGAAACCUCAGACUAACUCAUUCCUUUGUGUGCAAGAGAACGGCUCACCAAACUACAAACCAGUUCAUUGUUAUUAUUUAACUUAUUGGGGUCCAUUCAUUUCUAGUUUUGUAACCUCAAUGCUCAGGGUUUGCUACAUGAAGAUGUGAUUGGGUUCUUUGUUAAAAGGUUCCCUGUGGAGUUUUUGACGUCUGUCGAUCUGUUUGUUACGUGCACGUGGAUGAUGCUGUGCAUAUUCGUGCCAAUGGUUUCCCACUGUUCCAAUUGAUCUACAGGUGGUAAUGUUUAGAAAAUGCAGCAAUACAUCAGCAAAUGGAAGAGAAUAAUGCACUUGUUCAUAAGAUUGGCUUUGCAUAUGAUUUAUGAGGAAGGACAUAAACUCAAUACAUUUGUUAGAUCUCAAUGAUGUACAUUUUGAAAGUUACAAAAAAAAUGCUUCUCAUUUGUAUACAAGAAAACUCCACAGGGCACCUUCAAGUAAAGCCUGAAGCAUUACAGCACAAAGAUAGGAUGUUCAGAUCUUUAAGGACAGUUGCCUUUGCUGGAGAGUGAAGUUUUGGAGGAGCAUGGACGUUCUGGAAAAAUGGAAGCUGUCACCAAAUUGACAUGCGUGAUUCCAGUGACUCAUUUCCUGUGAGAAACAUGCACGAGAUAAUUUUUCCAGAGGAGUACAGAGGACUGAUGGAGAGCUUCAUCACACAACGACAAUCACCCGAAGCUCAAUAUCAGCAGAACCAAUCAGGUUGUGGUGGACUACAAUGCUUCAAAUAUGGAUGUUGAAGCAGAGGAGCAACAAAUUGUAAAACAUGGAGGCAUAAAAACAUGAGGUCUUCUGGAGUUGGAGGAAAUCAUUUUUGCUCUUCUGCAGAGCAAAUACUGUUGCAGGGACUGAAUCAGGUCAUCAUAGUCAAGGGCAGUCCAGAUGUAUUACACAGUCCUCGCUGAAGCCUUUAAUGAGAAUUAAAUUGGUCAUAUGCAAAUGUGGCUGUCAUGAAGUUUGAACUUGACUUUUCUCUUUCACACAGAAACAUGAAGGGAGAAUGAUUCCUGCUGGAUAAACUCAGUCACCACAGAUGUCUUGUGUUUGUAGCUUUAGGUGUUUCUGUAACCAAAUUUGGAGCCUUAAACUACCCUGUAAAGUUAUUUAUGUAGCACUUAGAAAAUUGUUGCAAAGUUCACAUUAAGUUCUUUCAGAAAGUAGUGACACGUGGCACUACUCUAUGGAAUUUUAAAAGUUACAAAAUUACAAAACUUUUGCAUUAUACAGCAGCGUGUUUUUGUUGUUCUGGGGGUUUUUUUUUUAGACCAAAACUGUAACCAUGCACAAAAAUCUCCUUUUUAUCUAAACUGACUCAACUGAAUGCACAAGUAAAAGUUCAUUCCAGGUUCAGGCCUGCAUUUCUUUACUCAUCAUUUCCUCUAAAUGUCUGCCACAGUGUCACAGUAUAAACAAAACCACAGCACGCCACACUACUCGGGAUUACUUGCUGGUUGGAUUCAGUUAUCCUGUUAUUAAAAAUAUUAUUCUGUAAAUGUACAUGGCAAAUAUAUAUACAAAAUAUGUUCAAUUUUUUGGUUGUUUUUGUUGUUUGAAUGUGUACUUAAAUAUAUAUACAUAUGAUAGUAUAGUAAAUAAAUAUGGACAAGAGUACAAUACGUGCCUUAAUGGCACACAGUGAAUUUUUUUGGCUCAAGGAAAUCCAGUGACUAUCUGUUUUACUGAAUUUCUGUUCCUAAUUCAUUAUGAUUUGUUUUCAAAGGAGUACCAUUGACCCCUUUGCCACACCCUAUAGAUUACAUCCUCAGUCACAUGGUGCACCUGUUUCACGAUAUAUGCCCCAAAAAAUCUAUUUGUUUGUAUUCUUACAUGAAAAUCCAAUCAUGCUAUGACGUGUGCUUACGUUCCCUUGAACCAACCAAAUUCAAGCAAUAAUAUCACGACAUCCACCCAUCAAUCAGUCUCAAUCACUGUAAUUCUUCAUGUUUGUUAUGACGCGCCCACAUUUGAACGUUCAAAUCAAAUCCUGCCUGCCUUUGCUGUUUCAUCUGGACUUUAACUGCCACCAAGUCCAGCUGAAAAGGCUUUUUGAACAGAGCUCAGGGAAAACUGCCACAACUCACCCCACUACAGUUUUGAAUGUAUUGAAUGUUUUGAAUCCGAUGAACUCAGCAUCUGAACUCAAGGGUCCAGUCUUUAGAAGUCAUCUCAGAUUGUAGGAUUGUUUCAGGGCUUUGAGAUAAUUCUUCAGACCCUUUUCUAUUCCUGUUUUCCAAUUCCAACGAAUCUGUCCAGUUCAGGAAAUUGGAGGCAUAAUCUUAAUUCCUUCUCAUCAGUAAAGUGUAACUGCAUCUCUCCCCGGGUUUAUUUGGUCCAUAAUAUGUAUAAAAUGAGCUCUAAUGUACCAUGAAACCCGAAAUGUUAAGGGCUGUUUGUUAUGCAGGAGUUUCCAGGGUGACAAUAGAACUUGUUUUGGGUUUUCAGUGUAUAAGAUAUUUGCUUCUUUUCUCCGAUGACCUUGCUGAUAUAAAACAGGAGUGGUUAUAUUUAUUGCUGCUUUUAUGGAGAUCUACAAUACAGAGAGCACAUGAAAAUGAAUUAUGGCUUUGAUUUCCUGCAGGAACAACUUGGUUAAAGUGCAUUGUAUAACUCACCAAUUUCUAACAUUUGACAUCUGUUGAUCUGUGACAAGAUCUGUUGUGUGGAAGUGUUCAGUCAAGGAUGAAGUAACCUUUUUUGAAUGUGUUCUUCUUGCCUCUGUCCAAUUUCCUGGUGUAACAAAAAAAAAAAAUGAAAAUUAUAUAUAUUGCUUUAAAUUAAGAAAUAGGACUUUAUUUAUGACAUACAAAUAAUCAAGGGAAAACUUUUUACAGGUUAUGUAUCUAUUGCUAUUGAUUUAGUAAAAUAUCUC